AAUUAGUUUCUUAAGAAAAGAAAUGGUCUUAUCUUUGCAUAAAAGCAAUGAAAGAAAUGGUCUUUAUCUUACUUAAACCUUCGGUUUGACUUGGUUAGUCGUCAGAAGAAAAAUCCCAUGCCAUAAAAUACUCAUUUUUAUCUGCUGUUCCAGCACUCAGUUCCUCUCGUUGAAUUUCUUUAAUCCUCUGACAGAGAUGCUGGCAUUAUACUACUGCAGGGUGAACUGAAAGAUUAGCAUCACCUCACCCCCAUAAAUUAUCCAUCCCUGUUGAUCCAAGAACAGGGGAGGAUUCGUUCGGAGGUGCCAGGUCCAAGAAAUCCGGCAAGGGUUCUGCCGAAUUGGUGUGAUUCGAGGGGAAAUAGAGCUGGGGAAUUGAGGCGGCGGAUUUGGUUUUGGGGGGACAAGGAAGGGGAUGUCUUUGAGGAGCAUGAUCCGGGAGAUGAAGGGCGAGGUCGGCGCCAUGUCCCUGCGCGGCCUCCGGUCCCGGCCGUCGUCUGGGCGCGACCGGCGGGUGGCGCCGGACGAGGCGGCGCGGCAGAGCUCCUGCUGGGCGCAGCUGCCCCCGGAGCUCCUGCGGGAGGUGCUGGGGAGGGUCGAGGAGUCGGAGCCGCGGUGGCCGCGCCGCCGGGACGUGGUGGCCUGCGCCGGCGUCUGCCAGAGCUGGAGGGGCGCCGUGAGGGAGAUCGUGCGCGUCCCGGAGGAGUCCGGGAAGCUCACCUUCCCCAUCUCUCUCAAGCAGCCUGGCCCAAGGGAUGCUCCUAUCAAAUGUUUCAUUCGGAGGAACCGGGCUACUCAUACAUAUUGCCUGUACAUUGGGCUGACCAAUGCACUAGCUGAUGAUGGGAAGUUCCUACUCGCUGCACGCAAAUACCAUAGGCCUACAUGUACCGAAUAUCUAAUUUCGCUUGACAGGACUGAUAUGUCAAAGGGGAGUCAAACCUGCAUUGGCAAAUUAAGAUCAAACUUCUUGAGAACGAAAUUUACUGUCUAUGAUGCACAUCCACCUCAUUCUGGAGCUGUGGUUUCAAAGAGAUGGUCUUCUGGGAACUAUCCAGUUUCCCACAUUUAUUAUGAUGUGAACGUUUUGGGAUCUAGGGGGCCAAGAAGGAUGCGCUGUGUUAUGGAUUCUAUCCCUGUAUCAGCAAUUAAGGGAGGAACAGCUCCAACACAGACCGGAUUUCCUUCAAGUAGCCACGACUCUUUUGCAUCAAUCCCAUUCUUCAAGUCUAAAUCAUCUCGAAGGGAUAGCUCAACCACUCAAUUAUCCACUCAAGAGGAAAGCAAGCUGGUGCUGAAGAACAAGUCUCCCAGGUGGCAAGAGCAUCUGCAGUGCUGGUGCCUCAACUUCCAUGGACGGGUAACGGUUGCAUCAGUCAAGAACUUUCAGCUUGUGCCGUCAGAUGAGAGCGCUCCAACUAACCAUGAGCUUGACGACGCGACGCUCCAGUUUGGUAAGAUAGGGAAGGACAUGUUCAGCAUGGACUACCGUUAUCCGUUAUCGGCAUUUCAGGCAUUUGCGAUCUGCCUGAGCAGCUUCGACACCAAAAUAGCUUGUGAAUGAUCCAGAGGUGCUGAAGAACCAUAGCAUAAAGAAGCAAGUCGAAGAGUAGGUAAUGUAAAGCUGGAUGAUUCUGUUAAAUAAUAUCAAUAAUGUAAAUAGCAAUAUAGGUGGGCGUGGCUUGUAUGUUACUUGUCAUUUUCAUUUUUAUUCAAAUAAAGACACAUUCAUCGCA